GGUGCGAAGCGGAGCGGGAGCCCGGAAGAAAGGCGCCCCGAGAGAGCGUGCUGCCCGCCCGCUGAGAAGCGGGGCUGGCAACGGGGCAACCGGAGCUCCGGCCGGCGGGGGGAAGCGCUCUCUCCCGCCGCGCUCCGGACUCCGAAGCCGCCGCUCCGGGCUUGGCGUGGCAGAAGCGCCGGGAAAGCGGGCUCGGGAGGCCAGGGAUGCCGCUGCCGUCGCGCCGGGCGGCUGGGCUGGGACGCCGGGAUUCCGGGCGCCGGAGCUCCGGUGGAGUCGGGGGGCGCUCUUGGCCGCCCCGUCCUCGAUCGGCGGCCGCGAUAGAGCCCCCUCUGCGCUGGGGGGGGGGCGCGGGGGAAAGCCCGGCAGGGAAGGACGGCCCGGGGCUCUCACGGCCCAGGAUACUCGGGGCGGGCCGGACCCUCCUGCUUCUCUUUGGCCUCUUGGGGAGAUUCAGUUCCAGCCGCCCACGAAGCGGCGUCCGGGGCUCUCUCGUACCUCCCCGAUGCAUCCCAGGCCUGGCUCGGGAUGGUUCAAAGUCAUUUUGGGGAAGGAAGUGAUUGCCGAAGCUGAUUGGCGACGAAGAUCAGGAGAGGGGUAGGCCGUCUGGGAAGACCCUCUAGUCUAGCCAGAUCGUGGCCCUGCAGAGCGUGAAGGUGGGCUUGAGCCACGCGGCGUCCUGUGCCUUGCUAUUCCUCUCUGUAAAAUGGGGAGCUAGGCGGGAGUACCCGCAAGAGCCUCUGGAUUACAGCCAGGAGAACGAGGCUCGGACUGCAGGCGUUUUAAUAGUGGUGGGCCAAGGAAGGGAGUUGGAGCCGGCUACCUGCAGCAGGUGCCCAGGUAAGAGCGUUGCUUUCUUCUCAUCUGAAAGAGCCGCCCCUCAUCCUGCUCCACCAUGCUGAUCCUCCUGGCAUUUAUCAUCCUUUUCCACAUCACUUCAGCCGCACUUCUGUUCAUCUCGACAAUCGAUAAUGCCUGGUGGGUGGGCGAUGGCUUCUUCACAGACAUCUGGCACCAGUGCUUCAAUGAGACGAACUGUACCGCCUUGGAUAAUACCCUUCCAGAAUACCCGUCCAUCCAGACCGUUCAAGCCACCAUGAUCUUGUCCACGAUUCUUUGCUGCGUGGCCUUUUUCGUCUUCAUCCUUCAGCUCUUCCGCUUGAAGCAAGGAGAGCGGUUUGUGCUCACCUCCAUCAUCCAGCUCUUGUCCUGCCUCUGCGUGAUGAUCGGGGCCUCCGUCUACACCAACCGGCGCUCGGAGCUGCACCGGGGCCUCAUCUACGGCCGCUUUGAGGUGGAGAGCGGCCGCUUCGGCUACUCCUACGUGCUGGCCUGGGUGGCCUUCGCCUUCACCCUGCUCAGCGGCCUCAUGUACCUCGUCCUGAGGAAGCGCAAAUAAAGCCGGGUGGCUGGCUGGCGAGGGAGAAGAACAGCCCCCCCCGCCCCCCAGCUCUCCUUGAAGCGCUGGCAUUCCAGCCCCCCCCUUUGUGUAAAUAGAAGCGUUUGUCGUACAGCCGUGGUUGGGCCCCUUCCCCGUCCUUGGCGUGGCAUUACAAGGCCGGCGGGAGGACCGAAGAGAGGAAAGAGGUGGGUGGACUGGCACUUCUGGGCAGGGAUGCCCAGCACCAGCCAGCAGCUCAAGAGCCUCGGGCAUGCCAGUCCCCCUCCCGCUUUUGGGGCUUCUCUGGCUGUGCAGCUCCCCUCUGCAACUGCGGGGCUACCCGGCCUUAACCAAAGGUAAGGGCGGGGGCAUAGAGGUAGGGGUCUGGUUGGGACUGGCAGCUUGCAACAGAUGGCAGCCUCCUUAGCCCAGGUUCCCUUUUACGCCAUAUGAAAGGGGAGCUCCUCACAGCCCACCUUGCCCCCACCCCCAAUUCUGUAAAACCCUGAGAGCUGGCAUCUUGCAAUUUGGAGCAACUGUAGCGGAUCCCAGUGUCUUCUGGGUGCCAAGAGCCCCGCUCUGAUCUGCCCCCUCAAGUCGCUUUGUGCAACAGAGGCUCUCAGUGGGGCAGCUGAGCGUCUCCCUUUCGCCCUGCCCGGGGUGGGAGGGGCUCACAAGAGCCCCUCGCCAAGACGAAGCCGCUCCUUGGCGAUGCCCAUGUGUGUUCUGAGCUACCUCAUUGUGUACCACGUGGUCCCUGUCUCUAUCCACAGCUGGAGCGUUUCCACCCUUGGCGCAGCUCCAGACAGCCCUCCCUCUGACCGCAUCCUCCAGUCUACCCCAGCACAGAAUUCCUUCCCAUUUUGUCCUUUCCCCCAUUUUCUGAGGAACUUCAAACAUUCCUGUUGCAUCCAUCGUGGGAGGAAGCAAAGCCUGAUGAGGCAGCUCCGCUCAUCCUGAGGCAGCCCUGCAGGUGGUUGCCCGUUGGCGCAGGGAGAGGCUGGACUUUGGCAUUUGCACCAGAGCUGGAUGGUGUGGGCAAGCCUCCGAGGCCACGUGGGCAGACUUCAAGGCAGAGUGACGGGACCCAGCAGAGCCCAGGGAGACCCUUAAGUUGUUCUUAGUGACUGUCUUUGGCCAGAGGGAGUCCUUCUCCAUUGCUCCCUCAGAGAAACCGAUUUAUUCCUGAGCACUAGAGAGCUAAUUGGGGCUGCUUUUACGAACCUGAAAAAAAGGCUCCAUCUGCAAGAAUGACAGAUCUUCUCUGCUUUCCAAACAGCCCCUGCUUCAAAUCUGUAGACAGCACCGUAAGUGUCUUAUUAAGCGGAUGUUUGGAAUGAGUGACUGACUUUAUCUGGACUGAAAGAGCCUCCUCAGACGUGUUGGGAAGGGAUGUGCUGGGAGAAGACCGUUCCCGCUAGACAUCCCUGCCCUCUUUGGCCUUUUAAUGCUUUUAAUUUUGCCUUUAAUUCUCGCCACUUCCUCCCUUCGGGAUAAUUCCUUGUCCACCAACCAACCCUGCCUUUCCCCUGACCGCAAGCUGGCUCUUUUCUUCAGGCUGCAACUCUGUGCAGGUUUUAAAGAUACGUUUUUGCCAAUGGUGAACCUUCAUUCAGAACAACUAACUCCUCUGGUGAAGUUAUAGCUUGGAUUUAUAUUUAUGUUAAAAAAAUAGCCCUGUACACAAAGAUAUGUAACAUUAUUUACCUUUGUAUUUCUGACCCCUUCGUAAGAAGCAAACAGGAAGCCUCCCUAUAACCAGGCAACCCUGCCUUAUAAAUACAAAACAACCCCUUUUAACCGAGAGCCGCUCUACCUGAAGUGGAACAAAGCUCUUUAUGCUACCUGAGUUUUUCCAAGAUUUUGAGUGAUCCAGCAAUUGGGGUUUCUCAGAGGACAAAUCUGUAGCUCAAUUCUACCAACAGUGCCUUGGUCGUUUUGUAUUUUAUAUACCUAUUCAAUUGUAUAUAGAAAUAAAACCUUACAACCGG